UGUCACUGGCUACGUCAUCAUUGUGCGCCGCACACACGGAAGUGUCUUUACUAGAAAAUGUUUAGUGUAAGUUUUCGGCGUAAUUAAGUAGUUUUUGUGAAUACCAUAGGAUACAAAAAAAUAAUAAUAUAACACCGAACUGUGGAACAACGCGAAGAUGAGUGAGACAAAAGAGAAGGACGCUGCAGCCUUGAGGGAAGAGGGGAACAUCCUCUUCAAGGCCGGGGAUCCACAGGGUGCUGUGUGUUGUUACACCAAAGCACUGAAGCUAAGUGACGACCGACAAGAGAAUGCGGUUCUUUAUCGCAACCGCUCUGCAUGCUACUUGAAACUGGAGGACUACAGCAAAGCAGAGGCUGACGCUUCCAAAUCUCUCGAUACUGACCCAAGUGAUGUGAAGGCCAGAUUUAGGAGGGCCCAGGCUUUUCAGAAACUUGGACGCCUUGACCAAGCUGUUCUCGAUGCUCAGAGGUGUGCCCAGCUUGAGCCUAAAAACAAAGCAUUCCAGGAUCUGCUCAGACAGCUGGGGACACAAAUCCAGCAGAAGUCAGUAGAGCAGAACUCCACAGAUGCCCGUGUGAAACAGAUGUUCUCGCUCCUCGUAGAUACGUCUGUAAAAGAUUCUGACCGACAAAAGGCAGCCCAGAAUCUAGUGGUCUUAUCCCGGGAAGAUGCAGGAGCUGAGCAGAUCUUCCGUAACGAUGGCGUGAAGCUAAUUCACAAACUUCUUCAGUCCAAGCAAGAGGAUGUUGUCCUUUCUGCUCUGAGGACUCUGGUUGGCUUGUGUACAGAGCAUCAGUCUAGAACUAUGGCUAUAGUGAAUGAGCUGGGGAUGGAGCAACUGUGUGCAGUAAUGGGAUCCGGAGUCUCAUCAGUUUCUCUGGCCACAUGCCACGUGCUGCAGGUGAUGUUUGAGGCUCUCACAGAUGGCAUGAAGAGGGAGAUCAGGGGAAAGGAAGAAGCCAUACUUCCUGAACCAUCCAAGGAGCUUCGCUCGAUGUUGCGUCACCUCCUAGAGAUGAUGCCUGCAUCAAAUGUGUCAGGAGUUGGCAGAGACAACGCCAUCAACCUUCUGGUCAAACAAGUACCCCGCAAAUCCUUAAAGAACCCAGACAACUCUCUCACAUUGUGGGUGAUAGACCAGGGGCUGAAGAAGAUCUUGGAGGUGGCUGCAACACUGCCCGAGCUCUCAAAUGGGCCACCACUUACAGAUAAUUCCCACAUGAGCUGCUCUGUCUUGCUAAACAAGCUCUAUGAUGAUCUGAAUAGUGACAAAGAGCGGGAGAACUUCAACAAGCUGUGUGAAGACUAUGUUCAGCAAAACUUUAGGCAAUCAGGCAUCAAUUCCAAGCUGCGAGCCAUCCACACUGUUUCUGUGCUCCUCCAAGGGCCAAGUGAUGUUGGCAAUCGCACCUUGGAGAUGUCAGGAAUGAUGGACGCAGUGAUAUCCCUGUGCGCCUCUGACGAUGUAACUCACCAGCAAGUAGCAGUGGAGGCUCUUGUUCAUGCGGCAGGCAAAGCUAAGAGAGCCUCAUUCAUCACAGCCAACGGCGUGGCACUUCUAAAGGACCUCUACAAGAAGAGUGAGAAUGACAGGAUACGUGUGAGAGCUCUGGUGGGUUUGUGCAAGCUUGGAUCAGCAGGAGGGACAGAUUUCAGCAUGAAGCAGUUUGCCGAGGGAUCGACUCUAAAGCUGUCCAAACAAUGCAGGAAGUGGCUUUGUAAUGAGUCUUUGCCCCCCAAAUCCCGUCGGUGGUCUGUGGAAGGUCUCGCUUACCUCACUUUUGACGCGGAUGUGAAAGAGGACUUAGUAGAAGAUAAGAAAGCUCUCCAGGCUAUGUUUGAACUAGCAAAGUCUGAGGACAAAACCGUACUUUUUGCUGUUGGUUCCACCCUGGUGAACUGCACCAACAGCUAUGAGGUGGAGAAGCCUGACCCUCAGAUGAUGGAGCUGGCCAAGUAUGCAAAGCAGCACGUUCCAGAGGUGCACCCCAAGGAUGCCCCUUCCUAUGUGGAGAAGAGGCUGAUGAAGCUGCUGGAGGCUGGAGUGGUUUCUGCAUUAGUGUGUAUGGUAAAACAUGAGAGUCCUGCUCUCACAGAGGCUUGUAGAGAGUGUAUUGCCAGGGUGUUCUUGGCUUUAGUGGAGCGACAGGAAGACAGAGGAACAGUAGUGGCACAGGGUGGAGGAAAGGCUCUUAUCCCACUGGCAUCUGAUAAUACUGACGUUGGAAAAGUGAAAGCGGCACAAGCACUGGCCAAAAUUACGAUCACAUCCAAUCCAGGUUUUGCCUUCCCAGGAGAAAGGAUUUAUGAGGUGGUGCGCCCCCUUCUCAGUCUUUUAAGUCUUUAUUGCACGCAGCUGCAGAACUUUGAGGCACUCAUGGCUUUGACCAACCUGGCUGGAAUCAGUGAAAGACUCAGACAAAAAAUCAUAAAAGAAAAGGCUGUUCCAAAAAUUGAAGGCUACAUGUUUGAGGAGCACGACCUGGUCCGAGCAUCUGCCACGGAGUGCAUGUGCAACCUCAUACUGAGCACAGAGGUGCAGAAGCUGUACCUCGCCACUGGCAAUGAUCGCCUCAAACUGCUUGUGCUUUACUGUGGCGAGGAAGACGAAAGGCUGAGAAAAGCCGCUGCGGGAACACUGGCCAUGCUGACUGCUGAGCAGCCUAGUGUUUGUUCUCGCAUCCCAGAAAUGACGACCCAUUGGCUGGAGAUACUGCAGGCACUCCUGCUCAGUGAAAUAACCGACUUGCGACAUCGCGCAGUGGUCAUCGUCUAUAACGUGAUGCAGGCCGAUAAGGUUCUGACAGAGACGCUCAUUGAGAGUGAAGUCCUGGAAAUUCUUUCUGUUUUGGCAAAAGGAGGAGAGGGCACACCAGACCCGGUCUCCAAGAUAGCUCAAAGCUGCCUUGAUAAAGCGAUGGAGUACGGCAUCAUCAUGAGCAGAGUCGGGAAGGAAUAGCCAGAGGGAACUUAAAUUGUUAAAUCUUGAAACACAUACGGUGUGUACAUGUUUUUAUAUAUUUGCAGUGUACCUGAACACUUAAACCAUUUCAACUUUUUUUUACUCUGAAUUUCAUCUUGAAAUGUAAUUAUGGAUUACAUCCAAAAAUGGCGGAAAUUAGAUAAUUAGCAAAAAGUGAUUACAGUCGUUCCUCGUUAAUCGCUUUCAAAUUGGUUCCGAACAUCGAUCAAUCUUCUUCAGCUUAUCCAAGGUCGAGUCACGGGGGCGGGGGUGGGGGUGGGGGCAGCCUAAGCAGAGAAGCCCAGACUUAGUUCGUCCAGCUCGUGCCGGGGGAUUCUGAGGCGUUCCCUGGUCAUCUGGGAGGCAUAGUCCCCCCCAACAUGUUCUGGGUCUUCUCUGUGACUUCCUACUGGUCAGAGGGUUUAGGGCACAACUUACUGCCAGCAAUGCGGACCAAGCUCUGACAACAAUCACACAUGGAGCGGACCGCCACAAUCAGGCGGUCCGAAACCCCAUACUCUCUGAGCACUCCCCAGAGGACCUCCCAGUGGACACGGUCGAAUGCCUUCUCCAAAACUGUUUGGGCAAACUCCUGUGCACCUUCAAGCAUCCUGCCGAGAGCAUAGAGCUGGGCCACAGUUCCAAACAUGACUGCAAAUUUCCACUUAAGAAUCGUUAAUUGUAAAUCUUAAUAUUUUCAUAGUAGUUUGAAACCUCAAAUAUCGUUUUUCAACAUUAUGAGAGCCCUACAAGACAUGAAAUAACACUUAAACUUUUUUAAUCCAAUAUACCGUAUUUUUUGGAGUAUAAAUCGCUCCGGAGUAUAAGUCGCACCGGCCGAAAAUGCAUAAUAAAGAAGGAAAAAAACAUAUAAGUCGCACUGGAGUAUAAGUCACAUUUUUGGGGGGAAAUUUAUUUGAUAAAACCCAACACCAAGAAUAGACAUUUGAAAGGCAAUUUAAAAUAAAUAAAGAAUAGUGAACAACAGGCUGAAUAAGUGUAUGUUAUAUGACGCAUAAAUAACCAACUGAGAAUGUGCCUGGUAUGUUAACGUAACAUAUUAUGGUAAGAGUCAUUCAAAUAACUAUAACAUAUAGAAUAUGCUACGUUUACCAAACAAUCUGUCACUCCUAAUCGCUAAAUCCGAUGAAAUCUUAUACGUCUAGUCUCUCACGUGAAUUAACUAAAUAAUAGUAUUUUAUAUUUUACGGUAAUGUUUUAAUAAUUUCACACAAGUCGCUCCUGAGUAUAAGUCGCACCCCCGGCCAAACUAUGAAAAAAACUGCGACUUAUAGUCUGAAAAAUACGGUAGUGACACUGCUUAAGACUGAGCCAAUCAGUGGACACAAUACUGAUUGGUUUGGUCUUAUCUCCUAUUAUAAUUUUGAUAUUUUUAGUUCACUUAGCCAUUGUUAUGCUUGGAAAUGCUUAAUUCAGACCAAAAAAUGUGUAGAAUAUGCUUAAAAAAACUGCAAUUCACAAAAAGACCGCAAUGUGGUGAGGGACGACUGUAUAUGGAAACGAAACCAUGUUUUUCGUUUAAAACUUUUAUACCUGCCUCAUUUUGAUUUUCUAACAAAUGUAUUUAUCACAAUUACUGUAUCUGAAUAAUAUAUAUGUGUGUGUAAUGUAUAUAAAUGCACAAGUAAUCACAUUCCUCUUUUUAUUGAACACUUUUUGUUAAAGCAUUUUCUCACAAAAUAUUUUAUAUAAAUGCUAAACUGCGUGCUUACCCCUUUA